AUGGUGCCAGGCGCGGGUAGACCCCCGCGCAGGCGCAGACUGCGGCGCGUGGUGAGCCGCUUCCCGCGCAGAGACCGAGCACCUGUUAGUUGGUGGUGGCCGCCAGCGCCGUCCUUGUCCCCGCGGAGGCGCCGCCUGUCCCCAGCACCCCCACCCCUUGCAAUGUCUAUUUAUAUUUCUUGUACGCACUGGCCCAUUUCGGGCAAUGUGGUCAGUCAGGCCCGCCCGGCCGUGCCCUCGACCCUGCGGCCUGCCGAGUCACGGCGCCAUCGCAGCGGAGCGAGCAGGGCCGGGCGGCAGCAAAUGGAUCUUCCUGAUGAAGAGCCUGAUCGAUUAAGCAACAAACUGUUGCAGUACGACCCCAGCCAAGAUCAAUGGCGAGAGCGGGCACCCAUGCAAUACUCUAAGUACCGGUUCAGUGCAGCUGUCGUCAACGGUGAGAUCUAUGUUCUGGGUGGAAUUGGCUGUGUGGGCCGAGACAAGGGACAAGUUCGGAAAUGCCUUGAUGUGGUGGAGAUCUACAACCCUGAUGGGGACUUCUGGCGGGAAGGCCCACCUAUGCCAAAUCCCCUCCUCUCACUAAGAACCAAUUCCACCAAUGCAGGUGCCGUGGAUGGGAAGCUCUAUGUCUGCGGGGGAUUUCACGGGGCAGAUCGACAUGAGGUUAUCUCCAAAGAGAUUUUGGAGCUGGACCCUUGGGAGAACCAGUGGAAUGUUGUCGCCAUCAACGUCCUCAUGCAUGACAGCUAUGAUGUCUGCCUGGUAGCUAGGAUGAACCCCCGAGACCUCAUCCCACCACCAUCAGAUCUGACUGAAGAAGGUGGUGACCACAGAGGGCAAAGAUGAGGAUUUCACAGCUGGAGGAGCCGUGGCCUGGCAGCCAGGUCUCAGAUGCAAGACGCAGCAUACUGUGUGUCGCUGACAUUCUCAUUGCA